AUGGCCACACCAUCAGACGUCAGAGAAAAUCUGAGAAAUAUUCUGAGUGCGAUUCAGGCGACUAGAAAUGCAUUUCCGACUGUCAACGCCAGCCAGGCGAGACCGCUGCAACCCCGGGCUCAGCCUCAAGCACCCAUCUCGCUUCCAACAAAAUUUAACGCGGCUUUUGCUGCUGUGAAUUCUCUAGAGGAGCUCAUUUCUCGCCCUUCGACCCAAGAAGCAUUCAUCGCCGCCCAGAAACUACCUCCCGCACCUCCCAAAGUUGCAAUGAAACGCAAACGCUCUCCUGUUGAAAAUACCGCAAGCCUUUCGACAAAGAGACCGAGCAUCCAUCGUGCAGAAAUUUCCAAUGUCAACGCCUUUCCAACGACCACAUCUUCUGGCAUCACGAUUGAAGACCAAGAGACACUGGAAAAGUUUGUUCGUCACGUGAACGCUCAAGGAGUCGUCCGUCUUCAUUUCUGGUCACGCUCAAAGAUUAACCACCAACACACCGACGGGCCUCAAAUCGCCAAACCACGAUAUCUACGACUCACCAUACCAGACCUGCUCGUUGCAUAUCUGGACAUUGCAGAGCGACAAGGCGGCAAGAAGGGAUAUCAGGUACUCCUUGUCACCAUCUUUGGUGCUCGUGAAAGAAAAUUGCCGCAUUGCGCCACAGACUUUUCCGUUUUCGUCAAGAUAUCUCAGUAUCUGACUUCAGUCCUUCAAAACCAUCCCGACGCAGACAUUCCGACCAUGGUGGACCUGCUUUCGUCUUACCGAGAGCUCUACACGGAACCUUGUAUGGUGUGUGGAUCGUGUUGGUCAAUGGAAGGUGACCUACCACCCGUUCAACGGCUUUGGGUGCCCUCUCAAGAAUCUGGAGAGCAAGGCCACUGGAUGCCUCGUCAUUAUCUCUGUGCUCGUACCUAA